AUGGACUUCACGACCAUCCUGAACAGGAAAAACUCCGCUGCAGCCGCCGCCGCCGCUGAGGCGCAGUUACAACAGCAGUACUUCCAACAUAGUGCACAGUUGCACACCGGAGCUUCACCCACGAUGAAGAGCGAAUCAGGUGGCCCGGAAAACCCCGUCAAUGUAUAUCCUCCUCACGGUCCCCCGCCCAUGCAAAUGGAUGGUGGACUUCCCGAUUCCUUCUAUUAUGGACAGCCUACGGGCUCAACCCCUCGAAACAUGGCCUAUGCCCCUGCGGGAUACGCUGGCGAUCCCCAGAUGCAGCAGGAACCUGCUCCCCAAGGAAGAGCAGGUAUUGACCCACCACCAAAGACUUUCCACUGCUCAACCUGCAACAAGGGCUUCGCACGGCGCAGCGACCUUGCUCGACAUGAGCGUAUUCAUACAGGAGUUAGACCUCACGCUUGCGAGUGGCCAGGGUGUGGAAAGCAGUUCAUUCAACGCUCGGCCUUGACAGUGCACUCCCGUGUACACACCGGAGAGAAACCCCACAUGUGUGAGAGAUGUGGCAAGCCCUUCAGCGACUCGUCUUCGCUGGCCAGACAUCGCCGCAUUCACUCCGGCAAGCGACCCUACAAAUGCCCGUAUGCCAACUGUCAGAAGACCUUCACGCGUCGCACGACUUUGACACGCCACCAAAAUCACCACACCGGGACUAUCGAAGAAGCUGCUGCUGAGACAGAGGCCCAGUUGCGGCAAAAUAAGGACCGUGGACGUCCUGGCGAAGGAAUGUUUUCUGAGCACGCUUCCAUCCAUUCUACCCCGUCACCCGCGCAUCACCCGUCCAUGUCACCUGGUGGUGAGCUCCCGCCGCUGAACAUGCACCGCUCUGCCGGCGACUACUACAUGGGCAACGGCCCUAUCCCGCCUCAUGUGCGUGGGGAUUUCCCCCAAGGCAGCCCCCGAGCUUCCCCGACUGCGACAUCUCCUUCGCUAUCCAGCUACGGCAGUGCGCCCCACAACCGGCCAUCCAUGACAUCGCAUCCCUACGGUCUGCCUCAACCUCUUGAGCCCCCAGCGAACAGUGAUCACCGCCCCAAUAGCGUGAAUGGCAGUCCACACAUGACUAGUCUUGGAUGGGCUUCGCCUUCUCACGGUGGCAUGCCAUCGCCCGGAUCAGCCAACGACUUCACCUACCCUGAGCCCACUGGCCCCGCGUAUCCGACAUCAAUGCCGCCGCACAUGUAUUUUCCCAACUCUACCAUUCGUCGGCCUACCAGCACCGAGCCGGAGAACUACGAAAUGAAACCUCGAGGUGACCACACAUGGUCUACUGCUGUAUGA